AUGGAAACAUUCGAAAAAAGAGCUAAUGAAGCAGAUGAAAUAAUUGAACAACUCACUAAAAGAAUUUCACAAUUAGAACAAUCUAUUUUAAAUAAGAAGAAACAAACUAUCGUUCCAACAUCUUCAUUAUCAGAGUCUGUACCAUUAUCAACCUAUGAAGCUUUAUUAAAAGAAAAUGAAAAACUUAAACAAGAUAUGGAAAAACAAAACUAUAGAAUAAAUCAUUUAUUAAAAAAUAUGAAAUAA